UUUCUAUAAAACGUUUGUCGGCUCUGCGCAUGCGCUUGACUGGGCUGCCUGAAAGUGCUGUGAGACGUCGUGCCUGCUGGCCGCAGCUGAACUGGAAAUUACUAGCAUGCGAGCAGCGUUUGAAUGCAGCUCUCGUCCCCUGAAACCCACAUGGCUAAUGAACUUCAACACUUGUGUCCUCAUUGGUCCGCAGGUGAUUAACAGGAUUGGCUGUAAGUAGCUUUUUCCAAAAGGUAAACAUUACAGGAAAGUGUAGGGGAGCCUCAUUCAGAGAACCGACACUUCUUCUGGCCGACGUCGAGGUGUUGAAACGAGGAAAUUAUGAGCUAAAACGGCGCUACAAGCUGUCAAACCUCCGGGACUCUUUGAUUCAAAGUGAGUCUGAGAGUUUAGCAGACAUGGUGGAAGUGUUUACAGGACGGACACUUGUGAAUAAAGACGGGGAUUUAGUCGACCCCGAGGAGGCGUUGAGGAAUAAAGUGGUGGGGAUCUACUUUUCUGCAGGAUGGUGUCCGCCGUGUCGAGACUUCACUCCCAUCCUGUGCGAUUUCUACACGGAGCUGGUUGAAGAGAGCGAACCUCCGGCUCAGUUUGAGAUAGUUUUUAUCUCCUCUGACAAGUCGACGGAUGACAUGGUUGAAUACUACCAUGAUAUGCACGGAGACUGGCUCGCUCUGCCCUGGACGGAUGAAUACAGACAUGAGUUGAAGCAGCGCUACAAGAUCACAGCGGUCCCAAAGCUGGUGAUCGUGAAGGAGAACGGCGACGUGAUCACAGACAAGGGCAGGAAACAGAUCAGAGACCGAGGCCUGGCCUGCUUCAGGUCCUGGCUGGACGCUGCAGAGAUCUUCCAGAACUUUAAGGGUUAGAAAACAACAAAGAGGAAUCGACAAGGAGGGUUAGAGAGCUGAACAGAUCCAAAGUACACUUUUUCUGUUUACAUUAGUUCAGUGAUGAAGAUGAUUAAAGGGAUAUAAAAGCAGAUUAUAUUUAUAUCUGUGACACAAUUGUGUUUAUUGAUUCAGAUUUGCAUCUAUUUUUUUGCUUUUUUCCUCAUUAAAUACUGCAAUUCUUAAUGUUUAAGCACUUUAAAAUCCUUCAAAUUAAACUAUCUGAGAAAAAAAUAUCAAACUUUGGUCAUAUUGCUCACAAGUCAUGCUUUGAUGAUUUGGUUUACAAGUAGAUAUGGAUUAGUUUUAAUAGGUAACAAGGUUGGAAAAUGCUGCUUUAAACAUCCUAUGCAUCUAAGACAAACCUCAGGCGUGUCCAUUAUGGUGAAGAAACUGUGCGUUCUAUGAGUAUAAAAUAAAACAAGCUGGCUAAUGUAGGUUUUAUUUUUUAUUGAUGUUCUAAAUAAGCUUCUGCACUAAUGAUAAACCCAGUUAAACUUUGCUUUUAUUCAGUAGAUAUCUUUACGCUUUUGUAUAUUUAAGGUUUUACUUGUAGUUCUACAUUGAGCUGCUUGUAUAUUUUUGUAUUUUUAUUUUAUAUGAGUUGUUAAGAUGGUUGUUAUUAAAAAAAAAAGUAUAUUCUUGCGA